AAGUUCCGAUUCAAGUCAUCCAGUUCCAGAUCAAAAUCGAAACGGGACGGAGAGAGGGAGGAAGAUCGCCACAGACGACACAGACAUCAUCGCCAUCACCGCGACAGCCACCAUCGGUCGAAACGCCACAAAUCGAAGCACGACCGUUCGCCAUCACCGACACUAUUUGAGGGGCAACCGCAGUUCUCGCCGGAUGCAGCAUUUCGGGAAUCGCUGUUUGAUGCGCUAGGGGACGAUGAAGGCGCUGCGUACUGGGAGUCUGUCUAUGGACAGCCGAUCCAUAACUACUCGAUACCGUCUGUUCCGACGGGGCCGAAUGGGGAAUUGGAGCAGAUGUCGGAGGAGGACUAUGCAACAUAUGUGCGGACAAAGAUGUGGGAGCGAACGCGCGAGGGCAUGAUAGAAGAGCAGGAACGAUUACGGCAAGAGAGAGCCAAGCACAAUCGGCGGCAGAAGGAGCAAGAAAACGAGCGUUACGAGCGGGUGCGGUUUGAAAAGGCGAUGGAAGAGAGUCUACAGAGAGGUCGACAGCGAAAACGACUCAAGGCCUGGAAAACAUUAUGGGCGGAGUAUCUGCAGAGCUGGGAGGACAUCAACAAGGAGGUGGCUGCGAGUAGAAAUGCCGAUAAGCCGGCAGAUUCGAAUGCCAGCCAGGACCAGAAACAUCUUCGCAACCUUCUUUUCUGGCCUGUUGAAAGUGGAAAACGGAGAGAUAUUUCGCAGGAAACGGUCGAAGAGUUUAUGCGCCAUGCUCCAGCACUUGAACCGAACGCAGAUGAGAAGGAUACAUCGGCAGAUCUCCUCACAACCCUAAAGACUGAGCGGGUUCGCUGGCACCCCGAUAAGAUCCAGCAUCGUUAUGGCGCAUUGGGAGUGGACGAUUCCGUGAUACGCAGUGUGACUGAGGUUUUCCAAAUCAUCGACCAAAUGUGGAACGACUUGAGAGAGAAG